CAGUAACAUACAUUAUCAUCUCUUAUUCCAACCUUGAGCAUAGCAAUAAUGGCUUCUCUCCUCUACUUUCUAGUCCUCUCUCUUUCUUGCUCGUUUCUUUUCUCACCAUCUGAGUCCAACAAUGUCAUGAAUCCUGCAUACAUGCUUGUUCUACCUACUCAAAAAGAUGCUUCCACUGGUCUCCAUUGGACCAACCUUCUCAAAAGAACCCCUCUAACACAAGUACCAGUCCUAGUGGACCUCAAUGGAAACCAGGUCUGGCUCAACUGUGAGCAGCAUUACUCAUCCAAAACCUACGAAGCACCCUUCUGUCACUCUGCACAGUGCUUCAGAGCCAACACACACCAGUGUCUCAGUUGCCCAGCGGCAACAAGACCAGGGUGUCACAAAAACACAUGUGGUCUCAUGUCCACCAACCCUGUCACCCAACAGAACGGUUUGGGUGAACUAGGUCAGGAUGUUCUUGGAAUCCACAUCUCUCUGGGAACCCAACUCGGUGAAGUGUUCACAGUCCCUCAGUUCCUCUUCUCUUGUGCUCCUUCCUUCCUUCUCCAAAAGGGUCUUCCCAAAAACAUCGAAGGAGUAGCUGGAUUAGGCCAUGCACCUAUUUCUCUCGCAAACCAACUCGAUUCCCACUUUGGCCUACAACGCCAAUUCACCACCUGUCUCUCUCGCUACUCUUCAUCCUCCAAGGGUGCUAUCAUCUUCGGAGACGCACCCAACAACUUGCAUGAGUUUCACGGCCACGCUAUUUUCCAUGACUUGGCUUACACGCCGCUAACCAUCACCCCACAAGGAGAGUACAACGUGAGAGUCAACUCCAUGAGGAUCAACCAGUACAGCGUGGCCCCGGUGAAGAAGAUAUCAUCAACCACAGUAGGACAUUCUGGAGGAACCAUGAUUAGCACCUCAACUCCUCACAUGGUUCUGCAGCAAUCUCUUUACGAGUCUUUCGUUCAGGUGUUUGCUCAGCAGCUUCCGAAGCAAUCCCAAGUGAAAGCUUUGGCACCAUUUGAGCUGUGUUUCCGUACCAAAAACAUCAGUGAGUAUCCCAGCGUGGAGCUUGUGAUGGAGAAGCCUAAUGGCCCUGUUUGGAGAAUCUCUGGAGAGGAUUUGACCGUGCAGACACAACCUGGGGUGUCGUGUUUGGCCGUUGUGAAUGGUGGAAUGCAACCUAGAGCUGAAAUCACCAUAGGAGCACGCCAAUUGGAAGAGAAUCUGGUGGUGUUCGAUCUUGCAAAAUCAAGGGUUGGCUUUAGCACUUCCCCACUGAGCUCGUUUGGGGUGAAAUGUGGGGAUCUCUUCAACUUUGUUAAUGUCUGAGAGACUAGAAAGUUUCAGUUUUUACAUAUGCUUAUUUAUAAGGAAAUAAGCACUAAUAAAGUAAACUGAGAAUAAAAUCUCUUGUUUGUUCUCUGAGGAAUUAAUGUUUUUGUUUUUA